ACAUAGUAUUUAUUUUCUAUAUUCAAUUUUGUUUAUCAAUUUAAAGCAAUGCCAAGAAAUUAUAGUAGUUUUAUAUCUUGCAGAAUGUUUCCAGAAACAUUUGAAGUAGUGUUACAAUUAAUUGGACCAGGACUAAGAGUCAUAAAUACAUUGCCUGGAAGAAAACCUAUUUCUGCCGAAAAGCAACUUCUUAUUGCAAUUUGGUUCAUGUCUACUCCUGAUUCUUAUAGGUCUGUAUCGACGAAAUUUGGAAUUGGAAAAGCAACUGCAUUCAGAGCAUUAAGACGAGUAACAUGCUCUACAUUGUAUUGCUCCUCAGUUUAUUCAGUGGCCCAAAGAUGCAGUUGCCACAAAAAAUAAUAAGGAAAUUUGAACAAGUUUGUGAUUUUCCAAACGUGAUAGGUAUUAUUGAUGGAACUCAUAUUAAAAUUCGUGCUCCAAAAGAAGAUCCAGACUCGUACAUAAAUAGAAAAGAUUUUCGUUCAAUUAAUGUACAAGUUGUCUGUGAGUCGCGUGGACUAUUCACACAUUGUUAUGCUGGGCAUGUAAGAUCUGUGCAUGAUGCAAGAGUUUUUCGGAACUCAUCAGUGGCAGAUUUUCUUCAAUUACCUCAAAUAUAUUUUCCUAAUAAUUCUUAUAUUAUUGGAGAUGCUGCAUAUGAUAUCCAUCCACAUGUUAUGGUAUCUUUUAGAGAUAAUGGUCUGACAAAUGCGCAAAAAAAUUUUAACUAUUGUUUGUCAUCUACGAGAAUGGCAAUUGAACGGGCAAUAGGUCAUCUGAAAGUUCGUUUUAGGAUUCUCUUAGACUGUUUACCUUUAACAGAUGUUAGAAAAAUUCCAGAAUUUAUUUUGGCUUGUUAUGUAUUACAUAACAUUUGUAUUUUGCAAAACGAUAUAAUUGAACUGAUGAGUAUAUAUAGAAAUGAAGACGAAGUAAUACCUGUUUUACAUGAUAAUGCAGUUGAAUUAGGAAAUGCUAAAAGAAAUGUAAUUAUGAAUGCUUUACCAAGGAAAAUAUAACAUUAAAAUA